AUGGCAUCGACAGGGAAAUCCAAAAAAAAUCGGAACGCACCUUCGCGAAACCGUCCCCAAGCGACCUCCACUAUCUCCCAGCCUUCUUCAUAUCUUUCUUCCCUCUCAUCAUUUUCUGGUCGCGCCAAUUUCUUCGCUCAUCUUUCUGUCGUCGUAGACAAACACCGUCUGCGCGUGUUCAAUACAGCCACAGGAAAGUCCCUGGCAGAAUAUGUCCCUCAUUCGGCCAGGAUAUCGUCCUUGUCAUGGUGCACGCUUGAUACAACUCCUGAGGACUCCCAGUCACCGAUCAAGAAAAAACGAAGAAAAAGUCAUGUCGCAGAGGAUGUGCCGAAACAGUCGAUAGAAGUCGUUGCGUUGGGCUUGACGGAUGGUUCGGUUACAUUCUUCUCCCCGACUCGUGGUGAAGUGGCAUGGACUCUAUCGCACAACUCCAGUACCGCCUCGAUUUUGGCGGUUGUGUCGGGCCAAGAAAUUGGAAGCAUAUGGACAUCUGGUGCGGAUGGCAUCGUUCGACUGUGGAAUGUCCACGAAAAUGACCUGUUGGGUAGCUUCAAAACGGACGAUCGAAUACCCUACUCAUCCUUGGCACUUCGAUUUUCAGCUGACAGCACUUCUCCAGAAAUGCUCGUAGCCAGUCACUCUAUAAAACUGUUCCCUACAGAUCUGCAAGGAUCCCAGAAACCUAAAGAGCUAUCGUCUUUCCCUGGUCACGCUUCUUCGAUUCAAAUUCUUCAGUGGGACAAAUCCCAAUCGCCGGCGAAGCGAUUUCUGUCCCUGGCGGAAGGUGAUCGUAUUAUCUCUCUCUGGCAAGUCCCCGACACUGGAGUAGAUGGCAGUGCGGUCGCCUCCGUUCAACUCGACUCGGACGCACGCGCGGCAUCUUUUCUCAAUUCCAAUAUCCAAAAACAAACUUUGCUCACACUUUCUGCAUCUGGGAAAAUCAAUAUAUAUCCCAUACCAGACGAGCUACUUCCUCACAAAAUCUCCUCACUCAUACCUCAAUGUACGAUAUCGUCCCCUGCUCAGGGUAGUUCCUCAGAUGCACCGAUAGUCUCCGCGGCGUUUGGAGAGGAAGAAACGCGUACUGUUCGUAUAGCACGCAUUGUUGGUGGAGCUCGAGCCAUUUUUGAUACUGUUCGGUAUCAGGACGAGAAUGGGAACUCUAUUCCAGAAAUAACACUUGAGAGCAUAAGAAAUGGACUAUUAGCUGAGACCAGUUCGGGUCCUCUAAAUCGACGUUAUGGGGAAUCUUCGAAUGUGACCGUCGGCUCCGGAAUAGACUUGGGACAAAAUGAGGACAUGGAUCUUUUCGAACUUGAGAAUCGUGAGAAUGUUCUCGAUGUUGAUCUUGCCGAACUCAGCUUGGGACAAAGAUUGACGGCCAUGUCCGGAGUUGAUGCCUCCCCGCAAGAUGACAGUGCUGACGAAGGUGACGCCACCCAGCAACCCAAAAAACAGAAGGGCAAACGGUCGCUGAAAGAGUCUAGCUUGGUUCCAGCGGCUUCACUGACGCGUACUCUUAUCCAGGCGUUACAUUCUUCUGAUUCUAAAUUGCUGGAGACUUGUCUCGCUCACUCGGAUGCAGCCCUCAUUCGAAAUACUGUGCGACGACUACCUCCGCAACUCGCUGUGCCUUUAUUAACAGCGUGCGUGGAAAGGCUGGGGCGAGGGGCGAGAGGUGGAAAUAUGAAGGGGGGAGGAGGAGGAGCUAGUUCUCAAAGGGGGACAGGUCUGAUUACCUGGGCGAAGAUGGUGCUUUCCGUUCACAGCGGGCAUAUGAUGACAAUGCCAGAUCUGGUGGCACGUCUCUCAGGCCUUCAUUCCACGCUGACGAGCCGCUUGACAUUGCAAGAGAGUUUGUUGUCCCUUAGCGGACGGCUGGAUAUGGUUCUUUCUCAAAUCGAGAUGCGGAGGUUUGCAGGUCCAUCUGCAUAUGCGACGCGGAAACAAUCCAAUAGUCAAAAGGAAGAAAAGAGGCGUUACGUUGAGGGAGAGAGCGAGGAAGAGGACGCACGAAUGGAGGUCGAGGUUGAAGUGGAGAGCGAUGAGGAAGGUAGUGUUGAAGAUGUAGUACUGGGUGGGGACAGCGGAGAAGGGUCGGAAGAAGAAGAAGAAGAGGGUUCGGAAGUUGACGAGGACGAUGAGGAAGAAGACGAUGAUGAGAACGAGCCUACCAUGAAUGGAUUCAUCGAUGAUGAGGCCGAGGAGGAGUUUACAGACGAGGAUGAAAGCGAGUAGGUAUCAGGUAUCAGGCCUGAUGGUCCACUCAUGGGUCACUUCCAUACUUCGGCUGGACUAAUGUUCAAAUCGUUGUUUUGGAUUAAAC